AGGCGGGCUGAAAGUUGGAGCAAGCAGGAAGUGAAACGAGGACUGCCGACUGCCGGGGAGGAAACCGACGAGGCCAGUUCUGCUGCUGACAGGCCUGAGCACUCCGGGACAUGGAGGAGGGCAGCAGAGGUGGAGAAAAUGAUCGAGUACGAAACCUGCAGAGUGAGGUGGAGGGAGUCAAAAAUAUUAUGACCCAGAAUGUGGAGCGAAUCCUGGCCCGUGGAGAGAACUUGGACCAUCUCCGCAACAAGACAGAGGAUCUAGAAGCCACGUCUGAGCACUUCAAGACGACAUCACAGAAGGUGGCUCGAAAGUUCUGGUGGAAGAACGUGAAGAUGAUUGUACUCAUCUGUGUGAUUGUUUUUAUCAUCCUCCUCUUCAUCGUGCUCUUUGCCACCGGUGCCAUCCCCACUUAGGGAAUCCCUCCCACCCCACCCUCCUCUUCAGGGGUGACCCUUCACAAAUGGGUGCCAAGAGGGGCCCUCUCUCUUGUUCUCCUGCACAGGAAUGCUUGGUCACAGAGGCCUCUCUGCCACAUUGUAUACCCCAGGAGCACCCUGAUCCCCUGGAAAAAGAGAGCUGGACUGCGGCUGCAUGUCACAGGUCCUUAGAGUGGGUUAGACAGACCCAGAGGACCCUGCAUGUAGCUGGGAGACUGAUGGUGGCUGGUGGGCAAUAAAGACCUUACAGUA